AUGUUUGACCCUCGUGAUGGUCUACUGCCUUAUCGUGGUGCGAUGGUGACUCUGAGUGUCGAACUGCGAGUUACAACGGAGGUUUAUCCUCCAGCAGAGUCUCCCAAGCUGAGAAGGAGUUCGACUUUCCGGUUCCCGGGAUGCCCAGCUAAGACAGCUGAUAAUUCGGAACUGGAUGCUUUUUAUGAGGAUUUGGAGGAAAUCAUCCGCAAACAAAACUCCUUCUAUAAGUUAGUCGUGGAUGACUUCAAUGCGAAAAUCGAGAUGCCAGAAGAAGGGGAGCACAGGAUCGGAGGAUUCGGAACAGGACUCCGGAAUGAGAAUGAUAACCGUCUUGUUGGGCUCUCAACCGCCGCACGCCAAUUGUAA